AUGUCAUCAACAGUGGCAGCAGGCGCCGGGUAUGGUUUCGAAAACAUAGAUCCGUUUCUGUCACCAGUCACUGCGUCAAGCUGGCCCUUCGACGAGUUCGCCCACGAUCCGGAUUAUCUGGCCUCACAGGAAGCAUUACGUUCGCUCAUGUUCACCACUGCACGAUCAGCCGCGCCAACUAGGGCAGGAACUCCUGUGGAGAAUGAUGACAUGAGUGGGUCAAUAAACAUCAAACGUGUGCUGGCCGACGGAAAACGAAUCCAGUAUCUGAAGAACUACAUGUCACAAGUAGCUCCAUGGCUUGACAUGUUCGACAGCCAGCGAGCGUUUGGAGUUCAAUUGCCCGCUCUUGCAAAAGAAUCGCCGCCUCUGCUAUACGCCAUCCUUGCGAUCGGAGCUCGCCAGCUCGAACGGAAGGACAAAAUCCAGUCAUCAUUUGACAGUCUCGAACUCUACCAAGAGGCUAUCCGACUGUUGACACCCUUGUUGCAAGCUCGAGACGUCCAAGUGAUCGCAGCUUGUGUUAUUCUGUGUUGCCUCGAAAUGUUCUCAGCUAGUGCUCAGGACUGGCGUCACCAUCUCGAGGGAUGUGCGGCUGUAUUUGAGGCUUUCGGCGUCAACGGCUUCAAUGGCGAUGUACUACAGGCUCUCUUCUGGUGCUAUGCACGCAUGGAUGUAUGCGGAGCGCUCAUCUCAGACGGCACAGAAAGCACGUUACUAAAGCCUUCGGAAUGGCUACCACAUGGCCUCACGGACGAAGAUGCAGAGGCACUUUUCCGAAACCCAAAGGUUCCAGAUAUGUAUGCCAACUAUGCUGUAUAUCUCUGCGCUAAGACGUGCGAACUCAUCUCCGACCGCAAUAAGUACACUGAGCUGGGCGCUGAGAAUGGGUGCGAUGCCGAACAGUUCCAAACACAGUCAUUUCGGUUAUGGGACCAACUCGCCAGUUGGUCUUCACAUCGCCCAUCAGAAAUGCAGGCUGUCGAAACUACCAAUACGACACCAUUUCCGCACGUCUUCUUCGCUCAUUGGGCUGCAAUAUCGUCCAACCAGCUGUACCACACCUCUUGUGUGUUGCUACUCAACAGCAAUCCAAAACUAAAGACGUCAUUGUCGCAGACACCCACCACAUCCAUUAUGUGGCACGUGAAACGCAUUUGUGGAAUCAGUCUGACAAAUCCGCAUGAAGGCUGUCUCAAUAACGCUAUACAACCGCUCUGGAUUGCUGGGCGCCUGCUGAGCCACUCCUCCGAACAGGCCCUGGUCGUCAAAACCAUUCGACAUAUCGAAGUCCUUACGGGAUGGACCGCGACCUGGCGCAUCCGUGACUUAGAAAGUACGUGGGGUUACAAGGUUCGCGGUGAGGUGUGA